UCAGUCCCAGCAGGGACAAUAGUUUCCAAUAUUGUUGAAGAUGGUAAAGCAGUUGUCGUUCGUGUGCCCGCUGGCCCUGCUGGUGCUGCUGGCGUUCCUGCACCACACUGCGGCCUACUGUAACUUUUGGGAAGAGCCGUGCAACGGCGACUACCAGCUCAACGAUGGCCAUGGCUAUGAGGGCUGCGGCGAUCGCUUCUACCCGAUCUCUGCCCACGAGGGGGUGACGCCGUGGAAGCGGGUGAGCGACGUGGCGCACUGUGGCGUGCGGAGCUGCAGCAAAACGCUGACCUUCCAGGAGUCGACCAGCAGCACCUUCACCAAGUCGGACGGCACGACGUACACCGUGGGCGAGAGCGAGUCGUCCACGUCGGCGCGCGCCUUGGCCCACGCCUACAAGAUUGGUUUAUCGCUCAGCGCGAAGCUGGGAGAGAUAUUCACCUUCGGCGUGUCCAACGACUACACCCUGACCACCACGAACACCAACUCCAACACCCACGGAACGUCGCGCAGCUCGAGCGACAGCCGGUCAUACUCCGUGGCCACGGGCAAGACCCUGUCACGCUCCGAGUCCAUGAUGUGCCAGGGCAACGCGGGCGACAAGCUGUACCUCAAGACGCAGUACCGCUGGAUGGAGGUCAAGGGCAACUACUGCACCUUCGCAUCUAAGGCUGACGACGCGUCUAAAAACUGGAAAUGCGAUUACAUCGAGGCCCAGAUCAAAGCCGUGCUGCCCGGCACCAACCAGCUCGACAUGAACAUCAUGUGCGAGACGGAGCGCGACGGAGAGGUGUCGUUGGGCUGCCGCAGCAUCGCGGGGCCCACCUUCGAGGACUACUGCAAGACCAACGGCAACAUGGGCCACUGCCCCAGCACGCACUGCACGAAGUGAGCGGAGCGAUAGUGUCCAUAAGAGGUCCGAAGUAGUGUCAUUUUCAACUUUCAAGUCAAAAUGUACUCCUCCUAGGUAUGAACAUUGUCGUCAAAAUAACUUCCGCGGCCCCAUUUUGACGCUAUUUUGACUUAGCGUUCUCGCUCAACCUUAGAAUAUUUUAAAGAGAUUGUGACUGUCUCGAUUUUAACCAUGUUAUAGUGCUAGAUGCCAAAUGUGACGUUCUGUUAUUUUACAACAUAUUUGUAUUAUAGUCGCAUAAUGUUCCUUAAUGUCACAUGUAGCUCAAAAGAUUAUUUCCAUUUGUACCUGUUGUGUUUUUAUAUUUUUUGUUAUAAAUCUGUAGUUUGUUUGCAGCAUUGCAAACUGAUGCCGUUGCUGUAAGCUGAUUGAAAGAACCCGUGUGAUAUUUUUUUUCCAGCAUGCAUGGGCGUUAUUUUAUUUUUAUUUUGGAUUGUGGAGAGCUAAAUCACAGAGUAUUUUUUGCAAAUAAAUUAACUAUUUGAACGUACGGUUGUAAAUUUCCAAAAAUUUCCGGAAACUUUCCGGAAAAAUUCCGAAAAUUUCCAAAAAUUUUAUCUAGGGCUUCCAACUGGAAGAGCUUUUUAGGGGAGUGGCUCGUUUGAACGACCACCAUCUGACCAACCACAUAUUUUUAAUAGUUAUAUUCGAUUAUAUUUACCCAAUGUUUUUGCCAAAGCAGACUGGCGGUUGGCGGUUGUAAACCAUCGGUUGUGUAAUAAAAAAUACAAAUAAAAAUG